GUAACAACUGGAAUAAUCACAUUCACAAACGUGUGUAUAUAUAUAUAAACCAACUUUGUGGCUUGUGCCCCAAAAGGAAAACUGAAGUUUCUCUUGUUCAACUCUCCGGACUCCACUUUUCAAACACUUUCUUUCAAAACCAAUACUACCACUUCUGGGUCUGCCACUGCUACCAGUUAGGCCUAUUUUUGGAAAGUGGAAACCAGUCAAAUGGAUGCGUUUGGUCAAUUUUCUGACCCACUUCCAUGUGGGUCGUCAUCGUUCUGGUCGAUUGACCCGCCGGAAUCUUCCUCCGAGGGCUGCCGGAGCCCUGCCUGCCCGGCGAACUUCUCCGACGAGGAGGUGAUGCUGGCCUCCAGCCACCCGAAGAAGCGCGCCGGGAGGAAGAAGUUCCGGGAGACUCGGCACCCGGUGUACCGCGGCGUGAGGCGGCGGAACUCGGGCAAGUGGGUCUGCGAGGUGAGGGAGCCCAACAAGAAGUCGAGGAUAUGGCUGGGGACGUUCCACACGGCGGAGAUGGCGGCGAGGGCCCACGACGUGGCGGCCAUCGCGUUGAGGGGCCGGUCGGCCUGCCUCAACUUCGCGGACUCGGCUUGGAAGUUACCGAUUCCCGCGUCUAAGGACUCGAAGGACAUUCAGAAGGCCGCAGCGGAGGCAGCCGAGGAGGAGUUCCGAAGGGGUUCGGAGUCCGAGGCGGUUUCUGGGGGGGCGGGCGUGGCGGAGGAGACGGCGGAAGCGGCGGAGGGAGUGUUUUUUAUGGACGAGGAGGCGGUUUUUGGGAUGCCCGGUUAUCUUGCCAACAUGGCGGAAGGGUUGAUGUUGCCUCCUCCUCGUCACUCUUAUGGUGGAGAUGACAUGGCACUUGAUGCUGACGUGUCCCUCUGGAGUUAUUCAAUUUGAAAGUACAUUGAAGUGAUUUUUGGGAUUUAUUUUGUUUUGUUUUUUGGUGAGGAGAAAACUGUACUUCUAUAUUUGGUAAGUACAGAUGGAUCUUCAGGUGCUAUCAGAAAAAGAAUAGAAAAGGACAUUAGAGCCUAAAAAAGAACUUGUGUGGGAAGACAAAUUUAAUGAGUAAUUGUUGUCGAUAUCUAUAAAAAUUACGAGGACAACUUUGUCAAAAAAAAAACCUGUCAAUAGAAGGCCUAUUGAAGUAGAUACAAACUUUUCCAGUGAAGCUUGUUUUUUGCAUUAUAUAAAAAUGAUUUGCACAACAA